AGCUCAGUUUUGACUGCCGCUCGUACUGCGGGCGCAGACGCCGUGUGCAGGGCUUAGGCAGUGGUGAAAAACAUUUGAAGCCACGCCCACAAUGCAGGAUCUUGGUACAAUACCUCUUAGGGGUUCUUCGCAAAAUUUCCGGCAAGCACCCCUGUCUUUUUAUAUGUGAGCUCUCCUUCUCCGGGGGAAAAAACUAGUUGUCUUCUUUUAUCUCCUUUUCUGUCUGUCUUUAACACUUCAUUUUUUCAUCACAAUUGUAAAUUAUUUCAUUAAUGCUAUUUAUCAUCUUCUAUAUGUAAUUUGUCUGUCCCUUGAGGCCGCGCUACUUUUGGUCAACACCAAAAAUCGCAACCUCUGAUCAUACGCAAUAUUCUAAGCAUGCGCAGAGUAUUCUUUUCUGAAAUAUGGGUCUUUGACUGGAACCGCAUUGCGUGGUCAUACAGCCCGAAAUGAUGACGCUUAUUUCAUCCUUGCUCAACAUAGACUCUCUAGCAGCUCAGUGGUUAGAGCGUCCGGCGAGAUCGCGGAGGGUCGUGGUUUUAAAUCCCAUCUGGAACUCGGAUUUGUUUCCGAGUUGAGGUCAUUGUUACAUUUGAUAUUACUUGUAACGAUUGCAGCCGUAACUGGGCAUCCCCACGCACUUCUUCAUUUGAUACUCGAACCGGAAGAAGUAGCUUACUUUUACCUCCGGUCUGUAUCGAGAGGCAUAAUGCGUGCGGAAGAAGGCCAGACAUACGGCCAGUGGACUGAGGAGAGCGCCAGACGAAUUUUAUGACCAGCGGCUUCAAUAUAGACAGUGAAAUCAAAUUUAACCUGCGCUUGGAAGGUUUCAUCAGGCUUCAGAGCCUGGAUAUUUUCUGAUGAAUGGCCACUGCGAUGUGUCAAGUUGAAUAAUUCUAAAGGAAAAAAUAAUAAUCAACGAAGGGAACAUGCAAACUCAACCCUCCAGCCCCACCCUACCAAAAUAGCUUUGUUUGUUUUUUAAUAAUAAUGUUUCUUUUAGUGACAUGAACAUUGCUUCUAUGGUGAUCACUGUGGUCUGGCAGCCUAAUCAUUUCAUACUCCACCGCUAAAACAAAGCACUCGCGUGAGCUACGCAGACAAACACAUUGGCCACGAUACAGACAAAUGCGAGGAAUGCUAAAAGCAUGUACCAAGAGGAUCAACUUUAUGGAAUCAUUUGACAUUUUAUUUAUCCUUGGAUAUUAUCCGUUCCUCGAAGCUCGUACUUUUUCUCGAGUCUCGCUGUCAUCAAACUGUUCACUUCUCAGGAAAGAUAAUUUCCGCGGACAAUUAUCCGAAUACAUAUAUAUUUUCGCGCUGUCGGUAGCCUGCGUGGCAAGCUGUAGAAAGGGAGGGAAGGGUCAAAAUGAGCGCGGGAGGAUCGCGCAUGCUAACCCCUUCCAUCACGCGCUUCGCCCGCUCGUUUUUUCCCCUUCUCUCUCUUCGGACGCCUGCCACGCAGGCUACGCUGUCGGCUGUUACUCAUCGUGAUAGACCUAAUCUCUGGCGAGACGGCAGUAACCCUAGCCCUCGAUGUGCCGAUUUAACUUCAGGAAAAAUAAAAUUAAUAUUGGAAUUGAGAAAACGGGGCAGCGACAAAAAUUUCAGCUUUGAUAUUUCUCUCCAAGUUAAAUUUUGUCCAAACAAGAGACGACGAUGGUCCAAUAAUAAUCCGGUCUCCCGAAUCGACCUCAGGCAACGCAGGAGAAUUGCGUGAUGACCUGAGGGGCGGCUAGAAACCAGUACGCUUACGUGACGUACUCGUGUUUUGGUAGGCGUACCGCUAUUCGUCUCGUUAGGGUCGAGCCAGUCCUGUGAGACAUUCCAAAGAGCCUUGUGGCGACCCCUUCUAGACAGCGCAAAUCAUUAUGUUGCUUGCUGUGAAUCGAAUACCAUUGGUUUGGAUACCAAUGAGUGAUGGCACAAAACUGGCAGCUAAACUCUGGAUUCCAGAAUUAUUUGAAAAAAGUAAUGAGAAAGCUACAGAUGCAGAAUGUGAAAAAUAUCCUGCUAUACUAGAAUUUCUUCCCUAUCGUCGUAUGGACUGGUCAGCACGGAGGGAUGAAAAAGGCCAUUCAUAUUUUUGUUCUCAUGGCUAUGUGUGUGUCCGUGUAGACAUGCGGGGAUCUGGGGACUCAGAAGGAUUUAUUUAUGAUGAAUGUGAAAGACAAGAACAUGAAGACUGUUGUGACGUGAUCAACUGGAUUUCGCAGCAAGACUGGUGUACUGGAGAUGUUGCAAUGUAUGGGAAGAGCUGGGCAGGAUUCAAUGGCCUUCAGGUGGCUUCCAGGCGACCCUCAGCACUGAAGACUGUAAUAUCCACUUAUUCUAGUGAUGAACGGUAUUUAAAUGACUGUCACUACCGUGGUGGUUGUGUUUUUGCCAGGGAAAUGCCAUCGUGGGCUCAUGUCAUGUUGCUAUGGAAUGCACGUCCCCCUCGUCCAGAGAGCUUGGGUUCCAGGUGGAAAGAAGCGUGGCUAGAACGCUUGAAUAAAUCAAGUGAACCAUGGAUUCACCAUUGGUUAUCACAUCAGACUCGUGAUCCUUACUGGCAGUAUGGCUCCCUUUCUGAAGAUUACACCUCCAUCACAUGCCCAGUGUUCCUGAUUGGUGGAUUUUCUGAUCUGUUCAAGGAUGCAGUGUUCACUAUGGUACAACAUCUUAAGUGUCCCGUGCGAACAUUAAUUGGUCCAUGGUCCCAUUCAUGGCCUACUGAUUCUUCACCUGGGCCUCGCAUAGACCACCUUAAAGAGUGCCUCAGAUGGUUUGACUAUCAGUUAAAAGGCCUCCCUACUGGCAUCAUGGAUGACCCUAAGCUGAGGCUUUUCUUGAGGAAUGGCAUUUUGAAUGCUCACAAAGAGGACAUUUGGCCUGGGAGGUGGAUAGCAGAGGACUGCUGGCCCUCACCCAAUGUACAAUGUCAAGAAUUUUGUUUGCAAGAGGACAGAUUACUGACGAUGGCAUCACAGAUCCUGGAAGAAUCUACCAGCAGUGAGUCCAUCACACCCACAACUGAAUCAUGCAAAGUAACUGUCAAGUCCUCUUUUUUAAGUGGUUCAUGGGGUGGAGUCCCACUUAUAAACGGCCUUGAGGACCUACCAGUGGAACAAUCACUGGAGGACGCAUUGGCGGAGUGCUGGGAGACAGCGACGCUUAAAGAACCUGUUGAAGUGUUGGGAUUUGCCGAGGUUCAUUUACAGCUGACCUGUGACAGGCCCUGUGCUCUGAUAGCUGCUAGACUGAGUGACGUUUUUCCAAAUGGAAAGUCUUCACUUAUAACAAGAGGAUUAUUAAACUUGACACAUCACAGUGGCCAUUCAACAGAAAAGAUCCAGGCCCUGAAGCCUGAUGAAACCUUCCAAGCGCAGGUUAAAUUUGAUUCCACUGCCUACACUGUAGCCGCUGGUCAUAAAAUUCGUCUGGCGCUCUCCUCAGUCCACUGGCCGUAUGUGUGGCCUUCUCCGCACGCGUCAUGCCUCUCGAUACAGACCGGAAGUAAGAGUAAGCUACUACUUCCGGUUCGAGUAUCAAAUGAAGAAGUACGUGAAAGGGAUGCCCAGUUACGAGUGCUUGACCCUCCUGAUCCGGAAUACAAACAUGCUAUAUUACCCGUAGAGUGGCGGAGAAAACCCAAGACUACGAGGGCUCUCGAGAUUGAUCAGCUGAGUGACAUUUACAAACUGACACUUUCCACUGAUUCGGGAUGUAUUCUGCUCAAGGAUACAGACACUAUAUAUGAUGAAAUGCACACAGAAAUGUACACAAUCAAAGAAGGCGAGCCAACCACAGCUAAGGUCACUAUCCAAGGCCAGAUCGUGUUGAAGGUAGAAGAUGAAUCCGCUGACCAAAAAGAUGAUGUCGGUCACGACCGAUUGGAUACUAGAGUCCAGGCUCUCAGCGAGAUGUGGUCUGAUGAAAAGUUCUUCUACCUCAAAAGUCAACUAAUGGCGUGGCAUAAUAAUGAAGCGUGCUUUGAUAAGACAUGGACCAAGAAAAUUGAACGAUUUUAUGUUUAACGUGUGCAUUUGAAUCCCACA